AUGUCAGGAGGAAACAUGACCUUUGUGAAGGACUUUUUCAUUGUUGGUUUUCCUGGACUUCAUCCUAACUACUAUGCCCUUGUAUCUGCAUUUAUGUUCUUAAUUUAUAUGUGCAUCUUGAUAGGGAAUGGAAUUUUUCUUCUGUUGUUUGCAACAAACAGAAGUCUUCAUAAACCAAUGUAUUUUAUUUAUAUAAGCCUCGUGAUGUCUGAUGUAUUGUUCAGUACAUGCACCUUACCAAAGAUCAUUGCUCGAUAUUGGUUCCAAGAUGGGACCAUUUCUUUUGCAGCUUGUUUUUUUCAGAUGUACUUAGUGCAUUAUUUUGGUACAGUCAAUUCAUACACACUAGCUGUAAUGGCCAUAGAUCGAUAUAUAGCAGUCUGCUACCCAUUUCGUUACCAUUCUAUUAUGUCAAAUAGAAAUAUAUUAAUUAUGUCCAUUGUAGUCUGGAUUUUUGCUCAUUCUAGCAUUAUAAUGAUGGUUGUUCGGGCUUCCCCCCUCCCUUACUGUGGAGCCAACACCAUUGUUCAAUGCUAUUGUGAUCAUGUAUCUGUUACCCGACUUGCAUGCACUGACAGGACUCCAUAUAGUUUUCCUGCUUUUGUUUAUGCCAUGGUAGUACUGUUGGGAUCUCUUGCCAUUAUUGUGUUCUCCUACUCCUGUAUUAUUUUAGCUGUCCUACAAAUAUCAAGUGCACAUGGGAGGCUAAAGGUUUUUUCCACAUGUAGUUCUCAACUUAUUAUAAUUGCACUCUUCUUCUUACCCAGGUGUUUUAAUUACUUGGCUGCGAAUAUAGGUAUCACCUUUAAUGCUGAUUUGCAAAUAGCCAUCAUUAUGCUGUAUAGCCUGUUACCGCCAAUGAUCAACCCUUUACUCUACAGUUUAAAAACAGAAGAAGUUAAGAAAAUCUUUAUAAGAAAACUCAAGGUUAACAUGGCAACCUCUGGACCCCCGUCUGAAGUCAACAUGACGGCCUCAGAGCUCCAACGCAUGCACUUUGAUACCAACAAUUGCAAGACUUAUUGGCAGAUCCUGUGA